AUGGCAUUGAGUUUGCAGAAUUUGUUAUUAUCAAGUUUAACACCCUCAACGACAUCAGAACUCCAAUCGUUUUGCGAAUUACUACCCUUCACUGGUGACGUUGGUCAAAAUGUAGUCCAUUGGCUUAUGGCUUUCAAUGAAGCCUGCUCAACAGCUGGCAUUGACGAAGAUCAACAUCGAUUAUGGCUUCGGUUCAAAUUACUUGGUGGACCAAAAUCAUGGUAUCGUCUAAAGCAGAAAACAUUACUGAGUUACAACUGGAAAAAAGUACAAAUGGCCCUCAUCGAGACAUUUGGUACAUUCAGUCAAAUCGAGCAAGCAUCCGAAAUCUUGAGAAGUCAGAUUGCAUCACAUGAAACGGAAAACGCAUUGGCAGAAUUCCGGUCAGACAAAGUUGCAGCAGCCGUAGAUAAUCUAAUACAAAUCCACAAUCCGCAACACCAAUUCAGUAAAGCUGCACCUACCACUGAGCACACUAUUAAUCAAUCAGUAGAAUCUAUUGAUCCACAGCCUAAAUCGGCACUGCAACCGAAACAACAAACAGCAACAACACAACCAACAGUGCCUCCAGCCACAACGAUAACAAAUAAAAAGCGAAAAGCACCAUCUACAAAAGGUGCUUCAAAUGCAACAUCAAAAAUCACGGAGAGAAUCAUCAUCGAAAAAAGUCAAAGUGAUGACGUUGAAGAGGUUAAAACGCCUGGACAUGAAUAUGCGGAUGAAGAAGACGAAGCCCAUGUUCACCAUGAAAAUGGUAACUUUUUAACUGCACUAGUAUUCAAUGUCGCUGAUACAGCGCCAAAUAUUGUGGAGAAAAUAACAAACCUAUUUACAACCAAUAAUGAUGAGAAAAUUGAAGAUGAUAAGAAAGAAGACUCUAAUAACGCCGAACAAGAUACCAUUGAUGUUAAGCAAGAUGCUGAAGAACAUGGAGAAGAAACACGCGGUUAUACAUUUGACGAAAGACAAGAACAAAAGGCAAAGAAACUAAAUCAACAGCAUGAUCAAGAGGAUAAAAUUAAUUCUUUAGCUGAUCCAGAUUUAAUGGUACCAUCAAAAGAUUUUGAAAGAAAUGAAGAGAAAAUCGAACAAAUAAUGAAUGAAGACACACCAAAUAUAAUGGCAGCUGAAGAUUUAUUAAAAACAAAACCGUUGGAAUUGCCUCUAAAAUUAAUUCUGUUAACGGUCAAAACAGUCAACGGUGGUAUACUGCAUGCAACAUCAAAUGGUAAAGUGACAUUCGGACAUUGGGAUUCACUUUGGCCCUAUCCGGUGCCGUAA